AUGGAUGUCAACGAUGGUGAGCCCCAAACUGAGAACGACAACUUCGGUGACACAAGCGAAGAAUUUUACCACAUGACAUUUAAUUCAUUUGAAGAAGCAAGGGACAGUUAUAUUGAGUACGGAAGAAAUAAUGGUUUCGACGUGCGGAUUCGCUCUACAAACAAGACUCGUGUAAGAGUUGAUCAAGUGACAUCGGAUCAUUUUGUGUGUUCUCGGGAAGGACAAAAGACAAAUGAUACAGCACAGGGAAUCAACAAAAAACUUAGAAAUACAAAUACCAUCCAAUGUGGGUGUAAAGCAGAGAUGCGGGUGCUAUACAGCGAAAUCCUUGGUAAAUGGAGAGUAACAAAAUUUAUAGAUGAACACAACCAUAAGUUUGUUAGUCCUGAGAAGCGGAUUCGGUUACGGGAAAAUCGAUACAUGCCAGAAGCUGCAAAGAUUUAA